UAGUUUCAAACGACGUUACGUUUGAUUUAGCUGGUCGUAAAUAGAGCCAUAGUACUGUCAACUAUUUAUCCAUCGACAGUUCUGCUCAGAGUAUGCAACGAGGAAAAGCUUCUAAAACAGUUUUCUUCGAGCAAAGCCGCUAUCUCAAGCAACAUGACCGAGAGAGCUAACAAAGACAAACUUAGGCGAAGUUUGUCAUUGUCCAAGAGCAAGAAGAAAGGCAGUGAUAAAGCUGGGAUUUCUGCCAGUGCUGCCACCACAACUCCAAUCACGUCGUUCUUCUGCAGCCAGCCUCCUCCGAAGCUCGCCUGCCCUCUGUGUGGCCAGCUGGUACCGAGAUUCAGGAUCAAUGAGCACAUUGAUCUGCAAUGUCAGAACUUUGAGAGAGGAGACAGCACUGUCGCCUCAGCAAGUAAUAGUGUUGUGUCAAGCACCCAGCUGUCACCCACAAGGAAUCUUCCAAAGUCCCCGGAGCUGGAUCGAAAACCAGAAGAAGAGGACAAAGAGACCAAGACCAGUCCUUACUUUAAGAAGGACAACUUUCAGCAGACACCGCGGGAGAUACACAGCAAGACUGUGGUCAGGACCAUUGACCUCGGAAGUCUCUCCUCCAAGUUAUCAAGAAAAUGUCGAAAGGUACCCGAGAGGACUCAGACAGAGGAUAAAAAAGCUCUCAAGGAGUUACAUUCAUCUGAGACGAUCAGUAGCUCACAGAAAGAAAAUGUUUUAAUUCAGAGUGUGGAAGACAGGAAAGACUGUGCAAAGCUCAUAAACACCAGUGUAGACGCUCCAGCUGCUGUGGAGGAGUCAUCGUGCUCAGAAAAAGCACAUAACCUUGAGCACCAACCAUCUAAAUCGGAGUCUGUGCAUGAACUGAUUACUCCGAAGCUGCGCUCUCCUCCCUCUAAACCAGCAAAGAGAAAAAAGGCAACAGUUUCCACUAGCAGGCUGUCUGACUUCCAAAAGAAAGCUAAAUAUGAGGAGAACAGUAGAGAACCGGAGGAGACGUCUACAGCUGAGAAAACUGACAUGGACCAGCAGAAAUCUGUGCUACCAUCUGCUUCUCCUACUCGUGACCCACCUUCGAGUUCAGAGGACACACAUGAGAAAAGUGUUGCAGUUACCAGUAAUGAUUCAGAGUCAGUGUCCGGUUCUGAGAACACCAGCGACCAGAGCUCUCAUCCUCCAUAUCUUCCCUACUACCUCCGUAACUUCCAGACUGUACUGCAGGCUGUGCUGGAGAAUGAAGAUGAUAGGAUGUUGUUCAACGAGGAGGAUAUGUCACUCGUACAUUCAUUUGAAAAUCUGUCAGUUAUGGGGCAGAAGCUGUAUGUGAGGCUUUUUCAGAGGAAACUGAAGUGGCUCCAAGUAAAUAAACUGGAUUAUGAAGCGAUAAGCAGUGAUCUGGGACCGAUUGCACAGGAGCUGGUUCAAAGUGGUUUUCUACAGACAGAGAACGACCUUGAGGACCUGUCAGAGGCUCUGGAUCUCCUGCCGGCUCCUGAGCUCAAAGCUUUGGCUAAGACUUUCCAUCUGGGCAGUUCUGGGACUCAAAAACAGCAGCUAGUCGAUGGGCUUCUCCGCCUAAGCAGGCAAAAGUCUUUCUUCUCUUUGUCUGCUGGUCAAAACAACGUUGGAGCUGUCAUCCUCAAAAGGGCAAAGCAGCUUGCAGGUUCCUGUGUGCGUCUCUGUCGCGGCCCUCGGGCUGUCUUCUCCCGCAUCCUUCUGCUCUUCUCUCUGACGGACACCAUGGAAGAGGAGGAGAUGGCGGCCGGAGGACAGAACCAGCUUUUUACCAUCCUGUUGGUAAACUCAGGACGUCUGGCCUUCCCAGACUACACAGUGCAGCGUGCAGCCAAGGUGUUUCAGGACAGAGAGGACCUUAUCAGAUAUGAAGCUUCCAUGAGAGCUCUCCAAGAGGUGAUCUUAGCAAUGCAGGGCGGUCAGUGGGAGAGAGCCCUGGAGCUUUACACUGCUGCCAAAAGUGCCUGGCAGGAGAUGAGGAAAAACAGUGACCUCAGUCACCAGGAGGAGCUUCCUGUGUUCCUGCGCAGCUUCACUACUGGAUGGGCUUACACUCGUAUUUUAUCCAGAGGAGUGGAGAUUUUGCAGAGACUACGUCGCUAUGAGGACGCAGUAGAAGAGCUGCAGUCCUUGCUGUUGCAGCCUGUGUACUGUCCUGACAGCCGCGGGAGAUGGUGGGACAGACUGGCACUAAACCUUCACCAGCACCUCAAAAAACCUGAGCAAGCUAUUUGUGCGAUUAGAGAUGGGCUAUCAGACCCUCUGGUGCGCACAGGACAUAAACUCUCCCUUCAUCAGAGGGCUGUGAGGAUGAAAGAAUCUGCCAGCUGCAAGAAGUACCGUCUACAACUGAGAGACCUGCCCACCAUCGAAGUCCAAGAUGUCAGACAUGUGACCAUUCGUGGACAGCUGUUUCCUCAUGAGGGGGGCAUGGGCAAAUCUAGGUUUCUUUUACCAGCAAAUGAAGAGGGGGAAGAGCAUGCUGAAGCCACUGUCAUAUGCUCUGUGGAAGAUCUGUCUUUAGCGCAUUACCGACAACAAGGUUUUGACCAAGGGAUCCACGGAGAGGGCUCGACAUUCUCAACAUUAUUUGGUCUUCUGCUGUGGGACAUCAUUUUUAUGGAGGGUAUUCCAGAUGUAUUCCGAAACCCUUACCAGACGUGUCCGUUGGAUUUUUACACCGACUGUUUCUACGAGAACAGAAAGGAAGCGAUUGCGUCUCGUGUUCAGUUGCUUACUGAGGCGUCUGUGGAGACACUGAAUAGCAUGUUGGAAGAUGUCUGGAAUUCUCAGGAGGGUAGAGUGUGUUCACUGGUUAACUGGGAACGUUUCUCAUCACUCCAGCAGGCCCAGUCUCUUGUUGCGUGCCUGGGUGGAGCCUUCUUAGGGGGAGUAAUAGCACGAAUGGCAAAAGACUACCGACACUGCCGAGGAGGUUUACCUGAUCUUGUUGUGUGGAACACCUCAAACAGCAGCUACAAGCUGGUGGAGGUGAAGGGGCCCAAUGACCGGUUGUCACAAAAGCAACAGAUCUGGCUGGAUGAGCUGCAGAAACUGGGCGCUGACGUGGAGGUGUGUCACGUGACGGCCACCGGAGCCAGAGGAGCUCGUCUGGAAUGAACAGACACAGAUGAACUGACUGCUAAGACUUUGCUGCUAAUUAAUCAGACUGCGGGUAAAAUACAAAUGUCAGCAUACAGAUUCUGGAAAAAUGAUUUGAUUGCUUUUUUCUGAUUCUAACCAUCCAGGGCUGAUGUUAAGGUUGCAUCUUAUCACGCCUGCUGAGGAUUACUGUGACCUUAUUGCUUGAAGAGAACGGUGAAAAUCUUAAUCUCAAAAACCUAAUUUAUCUGCCCCACAUCAAAUUUCAUCAUAUUUGGGCGCAGGGAACACCAUGUGCCUUGCGACAUGUGGUGCUGUUAUCAGGGAAGCCACUGCCUUCAACAGGAAGAGGUACAUCAUGACAUGAGGAUCGUCACUGAGAACUGCCAGGAUCAGAAAUAGCUUGCUUACAUUUAAUCAGAGCUGAAGCAUGACAGAAAACGGAUCCAACCACCACACUAAACUAAUGGUGUUUCCUUUUCUUUGGCAACACUUUAUUUUCAGGAUCCAGGGUUGCCAAGCAACCAAAACUCCUGUUUAGUUGGCUGCUUUUAAAUUGCAUUACAGCUCUAUGAGUUUGUCUUGCAAAAAAAUACUGUGAUGCCUGUGAAUAUGCAGUUUUGCCACAGUUCAUCAAUAACAUCAGUUGGGUGCCAAAAAAGAAUUCAUGGGGCUGCUAUUAAUGAUCGUUUUCAUUAUCAAUUUACCCAGAACUUGUUUUCUCCAAUGACUUCUUAAUCAGUUGCUCUACUAAAUGUCUAUAUAAAUAGAAUGGUGAAUGUCCCGUAGCCCAAAAUAGAAAUUGCUUGUGUGAUGUGAUGUUGGUCUCUUAACUGCAAGGAAUAUCACAUAAAGACAAGCAGAAAAUCAUCACAACAGAAGCUGGAGAAUGUUUUAACAAUUUUGUUUC